AAGGGAUCCUGCUUCACCACCUUCUCUGUUAUCCGGAAGGUGCGGUGCAUGUCUGUUCCUGACAAUCCUCCUCACCAUCAACUCAAUUGACUGGACUGCUGCUUUAGCUUUCAACUCUCUCCCUUCCUAUCCGACCCUUUAUUUCCCCUCCUCCCCGUUUGUCUCAUUUUUGUUGCUCGCCCACUUCUAGCAUGCCACCAUCCUCCUACGCCUCAAAUUUGGCAACCCGUCUCUGCCGCCAAUUCCGACGACCUUCACGCAUACACCCAGCCUACACCCGCUGCUUCAGCGUUUCCACCCGCCAGUGCUCGGAGGAGAAGACCCGAUCUGAAACAAUAGACCUAGAACCUCUUUCGGAGUUUCUUAUCCUCCGAACACCGGGCCCACCCAAACCUCGUCAUGAGAGUCUGCAGUUAGUGCGGGACCCGCUCGAACCCGAAGUUCUCGACGACGCGCAGAAACAGCUCCUGCAGCCCGAGGACCUAGACGCUAAAAACAUCGAUAUUGAGCUCGUGCGCCCGCUCGACGUCGUCCGGGUUAGCAAGGAGCGGUACGUGCAGCUUGCACAGCAGCUGUCGAAGGCCUUUGUAAAGCCGCAGUUAUUUGAGUAUUACCAUACUACAGUCAGCGGGGAGAGUGCCCCUCCGAAGCUCAUUUCGACCUCAAAUAAGCGGGAGAUCAUCAAUGCGAUUCUGAGCGUCAAGUGGGGGAUUACGGUGUCGGACGAAAUCCCUGAGCGGUUGGAUGUUUUGGUGAAUAGGGAUUUUCCGAAUACGCGAAGAGAUAUAUUCUUUAUUCUUGGGAAAGGUGUGUCCCCCUUUUUCCUCUUUGCUCAUUCACUUGGAAUGGGGGAGAUUUACUAAUUGGAUGGCAUUGUAGAUGGGCGGGUUGUGCGGCAGUUGUCGCAGGAGUACCAAGCCAGGGUUAAGGUUAAUAUUAAGUCUGGCAGUAUCAGUGUUAAUGCCACUCUAGAGAAUUAUGAACGCUUGCGGAAGGCGAUUCAAGACCUUCUGGAGAAGGUUACUGUUAAGGAGUUUGACAUGUCUUGGGCCCAGCGACUGUGCAAGUUUAAUGAGCAAUUUAUCACCCCGAUUGCGAGGAUCACAGGUACAUAUAUCGAGAAAAAGGAUGAGAAAACCGUACUCACGUGCCCGCCCCCUCUAAGCUCUGGAGAAGAUUGUUAACAUCGGUUUAGCUCCUAAUUUCUACCCUGGAUCCCGGCUCCCUCCAGGAUGCACGGCGCCUGCUCUUCGUGUCUUUUGAUCUUCGGCUACGAUCGUCCCAUUCUCUUUUGUAUAAUGCGCCUAAAGGUAGGGGAGACCCUAAAGGCGCCUUAUAUCCGGUCCAUGAAAAAUCAGCGUUACCGUGGAAUUUCAGAGAUGUGGAAUGGGGCCGAUGGAGGAAUAUCAAGAUGCAGAUCAACCACCCAGGCCGCCUUCGGAGGGGUGGUUCUGCGAUUCUGAAGGAUACUCUGCGCACACGGAUUGGGGGGGAACUGAAAGAUACGGACACCACCACAACCGGGUUACGUGAAAUAUUGGACUACAAUGACCUGCGAGUAUCGGCACAGCAUCGAUCGGAGCUAUUAACUAGGUAUGAAGCCGUACUAGGCUACCUUCUUCACGAGAAUUCGGAUCCUCAGCCCGCUCCAGACCUGACGGCGCCGGAGUUCGUCGAGUCCAAGGAUAGGCUCCAAGUUUUUCUGACUGAUGUCCCCGGUCUUUUUCACUUCACUCAAGGUUUGCCGCCUAUAAGCGAUCCCAUCUCCAAGGACGGCUCCUCCUCAUUGCGAGCGCAAGGAUCUACUACUAGUAGGCAACAGGCACCCUAUCAAACCUGUAUUGUCAAGCUUCUACCAUCGCCCUGGGAAUACCCCGAAUGCUUCGACAGAUAUCCACCUCUUGAAUUGAAGUUCAACAUUGAUCCUGAUAUCGGCAACGUGGUCCAACCAACUCUCCAGGCCAUUCAUUCAUCCACAAUUGCAGACGCCAUGUUCCCUAGUGAAGAAUGCGACGUGCGCUUCCACUGCCAGAAAGCCUUGCCCCUGGGCAUUCUGGGUGACCCCGCGAAUCCCCAGCCCGAUUACGGUGUCGCAGGAUCGGAACUGCAAAGGUAUCUGUCUGAGAGUGCACUAAACCCUCUCACUGAUAUCAAGCUCAAGGCGUCACAGUACCUUAGUGUUGGGCUGCCAGAGUGGAUGAUCUCUCCGUCCAAAAGCAGCGAGUCAGGGGGUGAGGGGGAGGAGCGGAGCUUGCCCACACAAAUGAACUAUAUUUCCACCGGCUUGGAGUAUCGCCACGAGCUUGCUUUCAGCUGGAAAGGUAUGAAACUUUACCAGACUGUGGUUCAAGGGGGUGUUACGGGUGGAAGAAGGUCGGAGUUUAAGCUUUGUUGGAAUAAUAGCGGGGAGGAUGAUUCGUCGGCCCAGGCGCCGCGGAUCACGGAGCUGGAGGGUGAUGAUAAGGUGGUUGACGAGAUUGCAGAAGGGAGUAGGGGUAAUCUUGCUGUUGAGACUGCUCCGGGGGCUGUGAUGGAAACUGUCGUAGUGUCUAAUACCGAAGCCGCAGGCGGGAUUCCUAGUGAACCGGCUCUUGGCACCGGCGUAGAGGAUGCGGCCGGGUCCGGAGAUAGGAUCACUGAGCCCACCAUAGACCAAUCCCUCCAGCAUACUCCCCGAGACCCCUGCUACCCACCAAAACCCCGACCCUCAUUCGCAGAUUUCAUCAUGGGUGCGACCCACUUGGUGGAGUGCCUUGGCAAAUUUGUGGCCUCUAGAGAAUGGCGAUUUACAACGCAAUCUAAAGAGCAUACGGGGACCCGGGUGUUUACAAAGAACAUGGGCCAUGGGGGUGGCGAGGGUGCUGAGAUUGGUAGGGGUGGUCAAUAUCGUGGCGCAGUUGGCAGGAGCGGGGGAGGAGGUUGAAUGAUUGAGCGGCACAGUACAAAGGUGGUCAAGCUUGUAGAGAUGGAGAGGUUCUCCGCUCCAGUAUAUUCGUAGUUUGAUGUGAGUGUACAUAGGGGCGUUGUAUAGUUUAUAGAACUCUUUCAAAUGG